AUGCCCACAAACAUGUACGUGCGCACGCCCACGCGCGCACUGAUGCGCAAAGCACGCACACGCGUGCGCCCCGGUGCCCACAAGCGGGAGCCCACGCACCGACACGCGCACACCGACGCACAAAGCACGCACGUGAGCAUGCCUGCGCGCACACUCAUGCCCACAAGCACGCACAUGCUCACGUACGCGCCCACACAUGAGUUCACAGCCAUGCACACACACGCGCACACGUACACAGUGAGGGAGCCGGCAGCACGUCGCAGGAGCGCCGUGUGUCGGAAGCUGCACCUAUCUGGCUCUCCCCCUCACGUGGAGGACCAGACCAACAGCACUGUGGUCCCCGGACCUGGGUCCCACCUGCCCAGCCACGGCCUGUCUUCCACCAAGUGGACCGCUCCCUGUGGUUCGCACCCCGGGCUCCCAGAGCAUGAGCUCGCUGAACAGGCGCCCGCUUUCCUCCUGGAGUGUGACAGCGCGGUGCUGGGCGCCCUGGAGACACACCUGGCACUGUACAGGAUCCGGCGGAAGGUCGUGGUGGAGCCGUGCCCCGAGCUGCGUGUGUGGGCUCUGCUGCCUGACUGCCCCGAGGAGGUCUGUGGGGCCGCGCCGUUGCGGGAGCGGACUGACAGAACCAGCGUCCUCACCCCCGACCCCCGGACCGCCCGCAUGGGCUGGCGGCUUCUCAUCCGGGAUGAGGGCCUGGUGCCGGUGCCCAGAGGCCGGCUCGGAGACCCCCGGGAUUAUCACAGACACCGGUACCAGCAAGGCGUUCCUGAGGGGGUCCGGGACCUGCCCCCAGGAGUGGCCCUGCCCCUGGAGUCCAACCUGGCUUUCAUGAAUGGUGUCAGCUUCAGUAAGGGCUGCUACAUAGGCCAGGAGCUGACCGCCCGCACCCACCACAUGGGCGUCAUCCGCAAACGCCUGUUCCCAGUGCAGCUGUUGGGGCCUGUCCCUGAGGAUGGCAUCGCUCUGGGCGCCCCAGUGCUCACCGAGUCGGGUCAGGCCGCCGGCAAGUACAGGGCUGGCCAGGGGGAUGUGGGCCUCGCCUUGCUGCGGGCAGAGAAGAUUAAGGGCCCUCUCCACAUCAGGACCUCCAACAGCGGCCAGGUGGCCCUGACUGUGUCUGUACCGGACUGGUGGCCCACAGUCGCCAAGUAGCCAGGAAGGACGUCCCUCUGCUCCUGCAGCCCUGGGGCUGCCAGGGUGCCCUGGAGGGCUCUGUCCAUCUGCUGCACUCUGCAGGCUGGCCUCCUAGCUCCCAGGGCUGCAGGUGUGGUUGGCUUGUGUUUCCCGCCCACCGUGCUUCCCAAAGAGGGUCCCACGGGCAGCUGUGGCUGUCAUCCCUUGCUGCUCUGUGGCUGUGAGCUGCAGGAGUCCUCCUGGGGACCCAGGAGGAGGAGCCAGCCCUUCACGUGCCCCUGUGCCAAGGUGAGCUGCAGUUUCCCUCCGAUGGGGAAGGACAGGGUCCCAGCUGUGUGGGUUUGGAGGUGGUUCAUCUAUUGGCUGAGGACAGGACGGUCCAGAGCCUUGUCCCCAGGCUGCCUGCAUUCCUCUCCAUCUGGGGUUGGCUGAAAGGGCAGGUGGGCCCUGGGAACUGGUGUGCCAUGUGCUGGCUGUGGGACACCCUGUGAAUUUCACAUGGGGGCCCCACUUGUGCACCAAGGUUUCUGCUGCGCCCCUCCCCCUCCACCCCAGGAGCUGCCCUGGGGUGGGACAGCAGGGCUCUGACAAGGAAGAGCUUCUGCUUGGUUUACUUGCUGCUUUUCUGAGGCGUGGCUAUGUUUUCACAGUAAGAGGUUGACUUUCUUCUCUUCUUGAAACCACUGACUUGCACUGUCCCAUGCAAUGUGAAUCUCAUGGUUAGGGGUGUCCCGCGUGAUGCCCUGGAGUGGCUA